GCUUCAUUAUUACUGUUAACAAUCAGAGCAAAUUACAGUAGGCGUCAACAGUGCAACAGAAAACUAGAAUUGGGGGUUAUUUGAAAUCUUGACCAGACAAGCAGUCAUGUACAUACAUCAUUACAUACGUCUCGGAUUUCGUGAAACCAUUAUCAAUGGCGCGAUAAGGGGACAAAACUGAGAUUGUCAGUGUUUUAAAGCUCCAAGCUUCUUUAUUUUAUGUUCAUGGAAGUUGAUCAGAGUUUGAUCCUUCAUUUAAUAUUAGUUUCAGAGCAAAGAUCGUAUCUUUGCAUUGAUGAUUUUACAUUUACACGUUGGAGGUAAAUCACUAAUGGUUCUGGAUUAAAGAUACUGAAAACUGCCAGAAGUUUGUUUGAAAAACUGUCUGCUAAGUAGAGUUUUAAAUUAGGACCAGAUGAACUUUUAAAAUCAGAGCAAAGAUUUUAAAAUUGCUAAAUUACUUGAAGUAAAUAUUAUACAGGAGAUCAGUACCAAUGCAGCUGCUACUCCCGGGCCCGGACUGCGAAUUUCCGUAAUCUGUCGGCACGAAAUCAUAAUAUUUGUGAAUGAAAAUGAAGAUUCCGUGUACAAUUGAUUAUGUAAAGAAGUAAUUUCGAUUUCUAAGCACGUUAGAUGCACUCUGCCUGUGUCUUGUGCCUUGUGCCUUGUGUCCUCCAAUUUGUAGCACAGAGCCUGCAACGGAGUAUGGCCGAACCCCUCGGCUUGUGCUUUUUAUAUAAAAGUUGAGGAACUUAGGGUUUCGCAGUAACUAACUUCUGUAGGUAUCCGCUGUCCGAAAAUGGAGGCGGUAAAGAGAGCCUGAAGAAUCCGAGGAAUGUUGAAGGCGGCAUGGAUGUGGAAACAAGAGAGCAAAGUAGGUCUGAAGAUUCGUCCUUCGUUCAUCCGGACUGCAACAUUGGCGGUAAUAAAUCCGCAGACGAUGACAGCAAAUUUAAAUCUGCCGUGGAGUGCUCUUCCUUUACACCGCAAUGUCUGGACUUAAAAGGUUCCUCCUCGUUUUCCUCCUCUGACUUGGAUCUGCUUUACCAGGGUUUGCAGAAGCUGCAGUGUAAUAAACCUAAAAGCAGAAGAUUGAAAGGCAGGCGAAAGUCAAGCAGAUCAGGCUGCAACAAAAGUAACAGAGGAAAAUGUGGAGGGAAUGUUUGCAGGGGACGACAGGUAUGCAACUGCGCAGCGAGCUAUGCUGCAGACUGUGCGGCCAUUUGCUGCUGCCCUUGUGCUCUCCUGCAUCUCUUUAUCCUCGCCUUUGUGGUUGCCCCUUGCGCUCUUGCCAGGAAGGCUUUCUGCUAUGUUAAGAAAAAGGCAAAACCGCAGCUUUCUGUGACGAACGACAAUGGUGAUGAUGAUGAGAGGGGAAAAGAUGAGUAUUUCACGCCUCCAUGGUCUUGCACGCAGUCUCCUGUGGGCGAAUCGUUCAGUCCCAAGGUCGACACCGAGAUGGUCUGGUGGGAGCUUUACGCAGCCGGUCAUAUGGGAUUCGGGGGGCUCCCAUUUGAAAGGGACUAGGCUCUGCUUGCCUGCCAAGUUUCUUCCCUCAUUUUUAUAAUUUCAAUUUUAAUAAAAUGCCUGCUUCAUUGAAUUUGUCCAUUUUUAUGUAAUAGUCUUUCAGUUGAAUAGAUUACAAAGAAUAGAGUUUUA